GGCGUGCAGGCUGUCCAGCCAGGCCACUGGCCACUGCUGCUGGGGCAUCAUGCUAGCUGUCACGCUCCUGAGCCUGGCCCUGCUAGGAAAUGCCUGUGCUUGCUCCACCAGCACCUCGUAUGAGGCGGGCAUUGUGUGCCGCAUCACCAAGUCUGCCCUUCUGGUGUUGAACCAGGAGACAGCCAAGGUCCUACAAACAGCCUUCCAGAGGGCCUCCUACCCAGACAUCAAGGGGGAGAGGUCCAUGAUGCUCCUUGGCCGAGUCACGUAUGGUCUGCACAACAUCCAGAUCAGCCACCUGGCCAUUGCCAGCAGCCAGGUUGAGCUGGUGGAGGCCAGAUCUGUCGACGUCUUCAUUCAGAAUGCGUCUGCGACCUUCAAGGGGACCCUGAACUACGGCUACAAGGGCGCCUGGGGGUUGAACAUUGAGCAGUCCGUCGACUUUGAGAUUGAGUCGGCCAUUGACCUCCAGAUCAACACGCAGCUGACCUGUGAUUCUGGCAGUGUGAGGACUAAUGCCCCCGACUGCUCCAUCUCCUUCCAUAAGUUGCUCCUGCACCUCCAAGGCGAGCGCGAGCCUGGGUGGAUCAAGCAGCUUUUCACAAAUAUCAUCUCCUUCACCCUGAAACUGGUCCUGAAGGCACAGGUCUGCAAGGAAAUCAACGUCAUCUCCAACAUCAUGGCUGACUUUGUCCAGACCAGGGCUGCCAACAUCCUCUCAGAUGGAGACAUCGGGGUGGACAUCUCCUUGACGAGACCACCUGUCAUCACGGCCACCUACCUUGAGUCCCAUCAUAAGGGCCAUUUCAUCUACAAGAACAUCUCUGAGGAGCGCCCCCUCCCUUCCUUCUCACCCACGCUGCUGGGGGACACCCGAAUGCUCUACUUCUGGUUCUCUGAGCAAGUCCUCGACUCCCUAGCCAAGGUCGCCUUCCAGGAUGGUCGCCUCCAACUCAACCUGGCAGAGGCAGAGCUCAGGGCAGUGCUAGAGACUUGGCACUUCAACCCUAAACGGGAAAUCGUUCCCGAGCUGUUCAGUGGCUUCCUCACUAGCCCGGGCCAAGUCACCGUCCACUGCCUGAGGAGGCCCACAAUCUCCUGCCAGAACAAAGGUGUCGUGGUCAGUUCUCCUGUGGUGAUGGAAUUUCUCUUCCCACACAAGGAUGGGCAAGAUUCCGUGGCUCACACUUUCGAAGAGGAUAUUGCUGCUACCGUUCAGGCCUCCUACUCCAAGAAAAAGCUCUCCUUAAGCCUUGUGGAUUUCCAGAUUAAACCAAAGACUAUCUCCAACAUGGCUGAGAGCUCCAAAUCCAUCCAGAGCUUCCUGCAGUUGGUGGUCUCCACAGUAGGCAUCCCCGAGGUCAUAUCUCGACUGGAAGUGGCCUUGACAACCCUCAUAAACAGCAAAGGCCUGGACCUUUUCGACAUCAUCAACCCCGAGAUCAUCACUCGUGAUGGCUUCCUGCUGCUGCAGAUGGACUUCGGCUUCCCAGAGCACCUGCUGGUGGACUUCCUGCAGAGCCUGAACUAGGAGGUGUGACGGGGCUGAGAUCAGAAGCAUGUGCCCAGCUUACAAUGGAACCAGAACAUCGCAAUGCUGGCAUCUCUCGUGUGUGGCUCAGAGAGGGCAAGGAGAUGGGGACUGGAUCCCUGUUUCCCCAGUUAUUAAGGCUGCUGCCAUUAAAUGCUCUGUGCAGGAUCUGAGAAUGUCCUUCUUGGGAAGGGGAACAAGGGGGCAGAGGAUGGGAGGGACACACCUUACCCGUUAUGCCCAUGUGCCGAGCCAAUCUGUGACAGUGCCCUGUGGUAGGUGCCCCUGCUUGCAGCUCUCCAGAGCCAGCCUCUGUGGAAUAUGUUGACAUCGCCCCCACCCUCUAGCAACUGCUUUCCUAGCUCACAUGGUGUGCAUGCACCACCCUUGAUUCAGACUGCAAGCCCGAGGGACACCAAGUGGCCAAGGCAUAUAUAACACAUCCAUCCAUUUCUGCUUGAGCAAGGCCCAUACUCCUUCUGGAUACAGGGUAGGAAAGGUAACGUGCUGGGGGAUGUGAGGAGUUCAGAGAUUGGUGGGCAGAAUGCCACAAUGGCAGACUUGUCACAUUGAUACCCCGGGGUGCCACAAAAGUAGCAGGGACCCCACCUGAGAUGUCAUCAGGUUCUUCAGAGGGCGUACUCCAUUCUAGCAGGUCUCCACUCCCCCUACAGGGUACAAAGAAAGUUCCGAUUGGCUAAGCACUCAAGCCCUGACUGAGUUACUUUGUAGCAGGCUUUCAUACCAAGGAAGAUCACGCCCAGGGUGGAAGCCGUACCUGAACAUGCAUCUUCAUCUUCUAGGAGUCAGGGACAGAAGGGUUACUUAAGUCACAUCUUAAGGGCUGAGCAGGAACUUACUAAGGAGCCGCAUGAGAAAGGGUGCUAGAGCCAGAGGGGUCAUGAGGGGUCUGGAAGCAUUUGUUCACUCCCUAACUUAGUGACACAGUAAUCGCUUCAUUCCCUGGCCUCAUCAUUGUUGUCAUGUGUAGGGGAAGCCCCAGCCAAUCACCUUGCUUGUAGGGCGGGGUCCCCUGAGAAUAUUUUUUACUAAUAAAUAUUGUGGGUGUGCUCCCCGCCUUCCCUUCUGUUUCCCUGUUCUCCGUGGGAACCUCGGUUCUGUAAGUCUUUUCCUUAUUAAAGCUGAA